UCGAAACGUCAAAAACGAGAACAGAGAUAAUCGAAGAAAGUCAGACGUUGCAAGGUGUCAGUCGUUGAUAUUAUUUUCUCAUACGAAGGAUGAGUUUGUCCGUCCGAUGAGUCGAUACGAUGGAAAAUGAACUGGAGACAGUGUUGCGUUUGAUGGUGCAUUGCCUGUCGAAAAGGGCGGAUCUUCUCUCUGGUAAAAACACCCUCGUGCUCCAGACCCCUCUUCUUUUCCGUUUCAACCGUUUCCUCGACGUGCUGGAAUGCGAGCACUCGGACGUGAUUUUGACAGAUGGGCAAAGGAAGGAGCUGGAGUCGUUCCAGGUCCUCCUGGCCAAAAUCCCCAGGCUGUCGUUGACCCAGAGGUCCGUCGAGGCGUUCGCCGAGGAGAUCGACCUGAGCAGGUUCGAGAAGCUGACCUCCCUGGAGCUGAGAAACGUGUCUGUGUCAAAGCUGAAGGGCUCCCAGAUCAAGAGCCAGUUACAAGAACUCGUAACCAAUAAUUGUGCAGACGAAGAAUACUUCUCGAAGAAGGGCAAACUGCAAUGGGCCAGCUUGAAUAAGUUCCAUUUUAAGUUCCGCUAUUUUGAAGGACUCAACCUCGGCUUCCUCAACAGCAUGCCAUGGCUCCAGGAGCUCAACCUCAGCCACAACAACCUGAAAGAGUGCAACGCGCUGGCCAACCUAACAAACUUGGUCUACCUGAACCUAGGCUUCAACAGGUUGACAAAAAUACCCAAAUUGCAUGACAGCACAAAGAACAAGCUGAAAGUGUUCCUAAUCGAUCACAAUUUCCUUUCAGACUUGACGGGAUUAGAGAAUAUGACAAAGCUGACCGAUCUUGACCUCUCAUGGAACUGGAUAGCCAGCAAGUUUAAGCUUCUUUCCCUUGUGUCGCUCGUUAGCCUUCAGCAGAUUUCCAUGAAGAACAAUCCGUUUUCCCACAACGACUUCUACAGGAUUUACAUUGCGAGUUCAAUUUGUUCAAAAUACCCCAAGUUUUCCAUCGAUGAUGUGAAGCUAAACACCAAUGAAAAAUCAGUUUUUGGUUCUGCCAUAAUUUCGAAAAAUGAUGCGAUGAAUCAAUCGGGCGAAAUAGACGCUAUAUUGGAUCCUGAUUUGAUUGAAAAACCAGUAAAAAUAAUAAAGGCCAAGAGGAGGUCCAAGCCACGGGAAAUGACAAUCAGUAGUCUUUGUGACCCUGAGGCUAUGAACCAAGAAAAAACCAAUAUCAAUAAAAAAGACGCUGAGGUCAAUAAAAAAAUUAUGGAAAAUGUCAUACCAGACAAAACUGAACUUUUGGAAAACCUCAAAGAAGAGAUCAAUGACGAAUUGCUGGCUGGUAUAAAAAAUGUUGCAGAAGAUAAAAAAAUUGAGAUUUCACAAAGCAAAGCGGAGUGUGAACCUAAAACGUGUAAUAGCUCCCCUGACGAUAGAGAAAUAUUUACUCAGACCACAACCACGGCAAUACUUCACACUCCAGCAGUUGUAUGUAGCGAUAUAAAAUCUCAAAGUGUUGAAACAGAAAUAAACAAAAAUGAUAACUUAGAAACUGAGAAGAAAAGCUGUGAUCAUUUCAAAGAACAAGAACACGACCUGGGUGCGGUUCAGGUGAACGGCUUAAGUGAAAAUGUACAAUCUGAUUCUAACAUAGAUACUGAGCGGAAUUCGCAUUUAGAACAGAUUGAAAAUUCUUCUCAUGGGGUCCAAACAACUGAUGAAAAUGUACAAUCUGAUUCUAACGAAGAUACUGAGCACGAUUCAAAUUUAGAACAGAUUGAAAACAAUUUUUCUCAGGGGGUCGAAAAAAUUGAUCAAUACGGGCAAGAAUUUAGCUCCAAUGAUGAAACAAACAUAAACGAAGACAAAGAACAAUAUUUAGAUGCAUCGUCGAAUAGCUUAGCCGAAUCUCAAAAUAAGUCGAAUCAGGACACGACCGAAGAGAACAGUGAUACACCAAUAGCUCACACAUCUGAGGAGGCGAGUGACGAAGACACUGAUGAUGAUGAUUGUAACGUCCAUGAUGAAUUAAUGUGGCAGGUUCAAAUAUUUGACAAAGCAACUGCCACUUCCCGGAUGGUCUUCCUCAUCCUCUUAGAAAAAGAGCUCAAGGAGAGAUGCACAAAGUCGGGUAAAAUCAUCACGAGGUGGAACCUCGACUCAAUCCGCAGUUGUGUCAAAACCGAGAUGAACCCAAUAAAGAUUGAACUGGAGUUUGACAGCACGAAGAAAAGCAAACAACACAGAUGCUACAUCAUGGAAUUCCCCGAUGCACAGAGCCUGAUGAAAAGGCUUUAUGACAUCCUGGAAUCGAAGGCGCUGACAGACAUGGACCAAGGGACGUACAGCUGCUUAAAAUGUACAACCGUUUUCGUCCAUAUAAAAAAAUCAAAAGAAAUCAAAUGCACGAUUUGCGGGUCCUACGAAGUUGCCGAAAUAGAAGAACCACGUUUACCGAAUAAGAAAAUUCCAUCCAAGCAAGCCAUCUGUCAUUCCCCAUCUGAAUCUAGUAUUGGUUCAGCAGUGUCUUUAGAUCAACCUAGGCACCCGAGCUUUUCAAAAAGGUACGAAAGCGAUGUUGAAAUAUUAAGUAACCCGAGUCAAAGUAGUAUUGAGGUCAUUGAUGACCAGAGCAGAUCGCAAAGUACAACCCCGAGCAGGAAGAAAUCUAGCGAAGAGAGGCAAACGGUCGCUGUCCCCCAGCUAGGUACAGUCCUCGAAGUCAUUGCGCCUUUGUCCGCACUGACCGAAAGCAGCUCAUCUGGCUCAUUAACAGAAAGUGUGAUAACCACUUACGAUAAUUUUCAUAAUACAAAACGCCACUUUAUUGAAUGGCUGUUAGAAGAGAACGAAAACUCCCUGGAUAAUGACUCAACAACCCAUACAAACGAAGAUGCCCAUGUCAAGACGGAACCCGAGCAGGCGGACAUUUAUUCGUACACCGAUUUCCGUAAUGUCGAUCAAAGGAUUGAAACGUAUCUUCGUAACAGUUUGUUCACGAGUGAAAAAGAAGAGCUAAGGGUGUUCGUGAGGAGCCAUGUCUGGAAAACAGGUGGGUCCGACUAUGACGGUUGUUUUGUUUUGUCCUCGUCGUUUGUGUAUUUUCUGUACCAUUCUAAUACUGAUUUCAGUGAACCCGAGUGUAAUUGGCUUGCCAAAAGUGAUUCGUACCGAUGCGAGCAAAUGAAAUAUAUCACUCCUCUGUUCAAAAAUGAAGGGAUUGAAAUUAAAAUCAACAACAUCACCUACCUUCUUUUACUCCUGGAUGAGAAUGUUACUAAAAACCUUUUGAACAGUAUUAAAAAUUUAAACUUGUCAAAACUGAAGGUGGCAAAGAAAUGGAACCCACAGAUAGAUGUGUCUCUAAAGCAGGCUGUAGUGAGUUGCGAGCUCAGCAGCUCCUGUCUCGACCCGACUGUCAACUAUUUCACAAUCUUCAAGCGAAUCCAAAUCAUCAAGAACAAAGUCGAUGAAGAAGUAAUGAGGCUCGGAAGCCUUGUAGUAACGCCCGGACAGCUUUAUUUAAUCCCCGGCGACCUCAGCUGGCUAAGCUCUUGCAACGUCCCAGCUAUUCAUUCAUGCCAGGAAUUGCUCAGGCUUAAAGACAUUGAAAGGAACAAGUUUGACUCGUUGUCACUUCAUUUCUUAGGCAAAGAAGGAAUAGAAGAAGUAUGGAAUUUUACUUUAAAACCGGCGCAGAUAGUAGCCAUAGCCAAUUGCAUCAAAAUCGUUUCAAAGCGGUUUUCCAAACCUUUAGAAAUACCAUUGAAGAGCUGAAGUUUCCCUCUAGUUGUUAAUUAUUUGUACACAAUAUGUUUAUACGUAUAAGUCAGUUGAUAUAUAGUUUUAUUAAAAUGUAUAAAAAGAGAAUGUUCACUAUUGUUAUAUAUGAAUUAAAAUUUAAAAAAAAA